CCUUCCGCCACCCCUAUAUCUAUCAUGGAGGACCGUGUUAUUCUUGUUAUUUCGCAGACCUGGUUCCAGGUCAUCAUGGCUGUGGCCAACAUGCUCAUGUUCUUUAUCGUGACCACGCUGGUGUCUGUUGCUGCGUCAUGGUUUUCGGCCAUCCAGUUCAGUCAGUUUGUAACAUCAGGCGUCGGCUUGCUUAUGGCGACCCCCCGCUGGACGCGUCACAAGAGUGCUGGGGUGUCGCUUCUCUACGUUGUUACAUGUGCUGUCAUUUGGGCUUCUUCGCAUAUCUCGAUUUUGCUGCAAAAGGUCGGCAGCAACGGCGCAGUGAUGGACAGCAUUGGCACUGGGACCUCGUCACUCAAUCCACUCAAGUACCAGUACAAGACAACCUCGCAGUGCAGCGAGCUGCUGGGCAAUAGCCUGGCAUGGUACAACUGCACAGACAUCGCAGACCCGCGAAGGUUCCAAGUUGCCACGAGCCCCGUGAAAACGGCAGAUCCUCGCUUCGAUAGCCAGACAAGCCAGUGGAAGGCCGUACUAAACACGACAGCCAACGAAGAGGUGGUUAUUGCUGGUGCGCCAGACUUCAGCAAGCUCUUUAACAAAACCGAAGCACUCUCGAUAUCUGCCAGCCACCUGACGACUGCCCGCUGGGACCUCGGGGGUUAUAUAACCGAGACGCCCAAUGUUACAUCGCCAGUCAUGAACAGCACUGGCAUGGAAUACUUUUUAGCAACCACUGCGCAGUGGCAGCCGACAUUCAACAACCCAAACCAAAACACCUCUGCAUUGCUCAGCGCCAUCCAGGCAACGGCCUCAUAUGAUGGCUACAUAAUCUACUACAACAUUGAGGUCAACAACACGCGUUUCGGAACACAUGGCUCCAGCUGCAGUGCGACGACCUACGGCUCCAUCUUUGACAAGUACAAGGAUGCUAUCAAGAAUCCUAAAGUAAAGCCAGUCACCGGCGUCACAGGAACGGGGUUAACUGGGUCGCUGUACGAUCUGGAAUGGACGGCUACAAGCAGCGGAUACAAGAUCACUGUGGUGAGCAUGAGCGAAAGCUGGCAGGGACCCGGAUGUUGCCAGUACCUUGUGUGCGAUGUUUAUGCCUACGAGGCACAAGUCCGCUUUGUCAUUGUCAAGACAAACAGCAAGGAUUAUGAAGACCGAAAAUAUAACGGCAGGUACAAGUCUCCGACGAUCCAAAACACAUUUCUGACACGGGAGGACUCGUAUAACCGCGCCAUCUCAUUCUGCAACAUGGACACGUACCAUUUAGCUAACACCGAAGUGGAAGUCAAACGGAGGUGCGAUUCGCAAAAGUUUUUCAGCAGCUUGGAGCAGUACCACGGCCUCUCGGACAGCAUCUUUACAUCCUCUGACCCUGCCAACAUCACUUUCCAGGGCCAGAACAUCAGGCUGAGGGAGGGAUUUCGGAUCCGGAUAUCUGGGGUUUCUGUCCUUGCUGCUAUCGCUGCUCUGGCUCUUGUGUGCACGGUGCCGCGGUUCUUCAUGUCCAGAUUCACGCCAUACACUAGCCAUGCACUGGAGAUUGUUGCUGCAACCACCACUGGGUCUGAUAACAAGAGAUAUUCCUGCCUACAAACGCUGCCUGACAUCGAUGUCGCUCUGGAUGGCGACCGCAUGUCGGGCUACACCCUGGUGGUCAAUAAUGGCGAGGUCUGCACGCGGCAUCGUGGCAGUGUUGAGCCUCUGCCUGCACCUGGAAUGGGCCAGAUAUACCAGCAAAAGUCCACAGUUUCAUUCGGGACCGGAGGGUCGUUGGCUACCUAGGCAUACAGCAUAUGAUGUAUUAAACUGUAUCUCCGUUGGAGCUGG